CUGUCACCAACAAUUUAAAACCCAUUAAAAGUUGCCUAUGAAAGGCAACAAUCAUAAAUCAGCCCAAAUUCAAAUCCUCCACCUCGCGUUUUGAUUUUUCAGCUCACUUUUCUUCUUCUCGAAGUCCUUUGAAACCGAUUAACGAUUUUUUAAUUGUGGCCUGAGUGGAAGCUCAUUUGCUAUGACAGUCACUCACCGAUAAGGCGGCCGGAGAAAAUAACAGAUUGAUAAGAGCGCGCAGUGUGAAUCGGUCGCCUUUGUCACAAUCAGUCUGACUGGAGCACACGGCCAGCGCGAAGCUCCAAUAUAAUUUUAUUUUUAAAUCUAAAUUGUAGCCAAAAAUAUGGACUAUUUCUUAGAACAGCUCCGACACCAAAGAGCACCUUCAGGCUCGAGGGAGUUCAAAGAACUCACCAAGAGAGAUGCCCAAAUCCAGCUUGCACAGGAACUGGACAAACUUCACGCCACCGUUACUGAAGAGAAAAAAUGGCAAGUGCAGAAGGAGUUCGACGGUUUCCAGCGUCUGUACGCGCGCUUCCUGCUCGAAGAGGGUCCCUCGGUGGACUGGGACAGCAUCGAGAAGCUGCCAGAGAACGCCGUCAAGAAUUACAGCACUCUGAAGCAGCCUGCGACCGAGCAGGUGCAAAACAUGCUGUCCAAACUGGUUGUGGUCAAGCUGAACGGUGGCCUCGGCACCUCCAUGGGCUGUCAGGGUCCCAAGUCGGUGAUCGCUGUCCGCAGUGACCUCACCUUCCUUGACUUGACCGUGCAGCAAAUUGAGGACCUGAACAAGACCUACAAGACCAACGUGCCACUGGUUCUCAUGAACUCGUUUAACACGGACGAGGACACGCAGAAGGUCAUUCGCAAAUACAAGGGCCUUCAGGUCGACAUCCACACCUUUAACCAGAGCUGCUAUCCAAGAAUCAACCGAGAAUCUCUGCUCCCCGUUUCGAAGAACUGCAACGUCGAGUCGGACAUCGAGGCGUGGUACCCACCAGGUCACGGCGACUUCUACGAGAGUCUCUACAACUCAGGGCUACUUAAAAAAUUCAUCGAUGAGGGUCGAGAGUACUGCUUCAUUUCCAACAUUGACAACUUGGGCGCCACCGUCGAUUUAAAUAUUCUAAGUUUGCUGCUCAACCCUGAGGACAACAAGAACAAGAGCCCAGAAUUUGUCAUGGAGGUGACUGACAAAACCAGGGCUGACGUCAAGGGUGGUACCCUGAUCCAGUACGAGGGAAAGUUGCGCCUUCUUGAAAUCGCCCAGGUACCCAAGGAGCACGUAGACGACUUCAAGUCUGUCAAAACCUUCAAGUUUUUUAACACCAAUAACUUGUGGGUCAAACUGGAUGCGAUUGAUAGAGUUAUCAAAAAAGGAGAUUUGAACAUGGAAAUAAUUGUCAACAACAAGACCCUGAAUAAUGGCCUGAAUGUGAUCCAGCUGGAAACUGCCGUCGGCGCAGCUAUGAAAACCUUCGAAGGUGGUCUCGGCAUCAACGUACCCAGAAGUCGUUUCUUGCCCGUGAAAAAGACCUCAGAUCUGCUGCUCGUCAUGAGCAACCUGUACAGCUUGAAGAAUGGAUCGCUGGUCAUGAGUCCUCAGAGGAUGUUCGACACCACCCCUUUGGUUAAGCUGGGUGACAACCACUUUGCCAGAGUGAAGGAAUUCCUCAGCAGAUUCUCCGACAUUCCUGAUUUGCUCGAGCUAGACCACUUGACCGUGUCAGGAGAUGUGACCUUCGGAAAGGGGGUCUCCUUGAAGGGCACCGUGAUUAUUAUUGCAAACCAUGGCGACAGGAUUGACAUCCCAGCAGGGGCAGUCCUCGAAAACAAAAUUGUUUCCGGCAACUUGCGUAUCCUCGAUCACUAGUUCCAAUCCAAGCUCACCUAAUGAGGCCCUUUUAAAUGUGCCAGUCGUAUAGUCAGUUCUGCUUCAGUUGCACAUUCGAAUUUUUCAUUGUCAAGUUUGCGAUGAUUUUUGUACGAACGUUCUUGCUUAAUUAAUGUGUGGUUAGCACAAAUAUUUUAUUGCGUUUUAGCACAAAAAUUGCUUUCAGAUUUUAUUUUUGUGACAUGUGUUCUCUGAGGUAAAUUCAUUCAUGUUAAAUACAACACUCAAGAUUUGAAAUUUAAAAUAAUCUUGACAUGUUGCA